AUGAAUCCUAGACGGAAAGCUAAUCCCAUUUUCAAGGUACUCCUUCUCAUCUUCACAGCUAUGAUCACCAAGUCCAUACAACUAGGCGUAAUAGGAAAACAUGUCGACACGAUCGAAGAUAAAACCGCCAUUCCACGCGCCCUCAAAUUAGUUUAUAUCGCCUUGGUCGUCGUGAUCAUCGGUUGCGUCCUAAGUAAGACCUCAUUUGCUCUCACACUUCUUCGCAUCGUUACGAAGACGUGGAUGAAGGCCUUACUGUGGUUCAUCAUUAUCACGAUGAAUGCUAUCAUGUGGCUCUGUGCUAUCUGCUACCUUAUUCAAUGCAAGCCUACUGCCGCACUUUGGGAUAUCAAGCUUAUGGCGACAGCGACUUGCUGGCCAACUAUUGUUUUUGAGACAAUUGCGCUCGCGGCUGGAGGUAUUUCCACACUUGCGUCUGUGCUAUCAUUUUUAGGUCGUACUAAUGAUUCACUUUUAGCAUACUCUGGGUGCAUGGACUUUAUUCUCGCUGUCCUUCCUUGGGCAGUUCUAUGGAAACUUCAAAUGAGACGCCGGGAGAAGUUUGGCAUUGCAAUUGCCAUGAGUAUGGGCGUCUUGUAA